CUAUUUCUAUCGUCAAACAGUAUUUACAUUUACCAUUAAUUUUAUCAUCGAUCCACGAUUCUUUUGUUUCUUAAUUACCUAUCUCAAUGGUGGUUCGAUCAGCUCGCACAAAGUAAUGAAUAUACUUUUGAAUUCAACUGUUUGCAAUGCGAUUUGUUGAUCUAUUCUUUGGACGUAUCUUUCGUGUCAUAAAUAUUUAUGAAAAUGUAUUGCUGUGCACGUGGCACGUUUCACUGUCAGUAUGCCAAUGAAGUCAAGUUUGACAAAUUAAAGACAAAGUACAGCAUCGACGAGGAUAUAGUUGUGCAUUACAUAAUACGAGACAGAAUUCACACAUCGUCACGUGACUGGAUCGGAAUUUUCCCAAGAGGAUGGAGCAAUCUGCAGCAGUAUCUUACCUUCGAGUUUGUUGUCCUAUCACCCAAAACAUCGAAUCUGUCCAAUCGCAGCAUCAUGUUUUUACACACGUUUCAUCGAGAGGCGUUACCGAACGUCGAUUAUCAAUUUGUUUACGUAAGCAAAGAAAUAGAAAUUCUGGGAACCAGCUCCUACUUCCGUUUCAUCGUCACCCCGAAUCUUCGUCCCCUCGAUCGAAACUCGAAUAUAGUGGACUGUGGCGUCAUGAGCGAUGGUUAUUCGUCCUUGAUCGUGUCACCAUCGACAAGCAACACGGGGAAACUGCUUGGAUGUAGUAAAUCGUUCGACAAUAUCCAAUCUCAUCGAAUAUGUCGGUCAUUGGCGGACCACCGUAACAGAACGUGUCGAUUCUGCUCGAAAUCGGCGUCAUUUACAACAAAUAGGAUUCAGUUUCUGCUGUUGCAUAAUGAACAGCUAGUAGCAAGGGUGGGUCGUUUGGCGCGCGACUUGGAGUUAAAGGAAGCAGCUGUGAAAAGCGAAAGAAUGGCGCAGGCGGUCUUGACAAAGAGAUUGCAGGCUUACGAGACGUUCGUCGCGGAUAUGCUCAAACGUUUGAAUCUCACGGGCACCAUAAAGAUCAAGGAUAAAAUGGGGAAAGAGAUGAUUGUACAAAAAGUAAAAUCAAAAGACGAGGCAGAGGACAAGCCUCUCCCUGUUUUAGAAGUCUCGAUGUUGAAUCAAUCUCCAGAAUCGGCAACGAAGAUAAAUGAAACGAAGGAAGUUGCUCGCGCAUCGAAUCUGUUCGAUACAGUGAACAACGAAGAAGACAAGGUUUCCAAAGACUUUGCGGAAAGCGGAUUCUCUGUGAAAAUAGAGCCAGACGAGGGCGAGCAAAAUUUCGAAGUUACUUUGUCAGUGGAGAAGGAACAGUCUCAGUUCGAUAGGCGAAUUUCGAUGUCAGCGACGGGAUUUAGGGAGGACGGUGAAAAACGGUGCGAUUCUUACGUAACGAAAGAGGCCACGGGCGCGAUAUGUCAACGAGUAGAUAAUACAUGCGGUGUCACCUGUAAAAUCGAACAGCCUAACUGUGUCGAGGGCAAGCCGGAAGACGCGGUGAACAUGGUGCACGGCGAUAAGAAAACGAUGGGGAAGCUCGAUCCGGUGAUAAAUCUCGACUCACCGAAAUGUUGCUGCGACUGUCAUUCGAAAACGUGCAGUUCGAUCAAGAAGUUCGACAACGAUGGCGUGAAUGAAUGGGUUCUCCAAUGCGAAUGUGACCUGGAGGUUGCGGAUCGAAUGUAUCAGAUGAUUGAUAAUUACGCGGAGCAACAGCGUGGCACGAUGGAGGCGAAGAAGGAUGGUUUGUCUGCGAUUCUUAUUAAGGGUAGAAACACGAAAUUCGCUGUUAUCAAGUAAUUGACUUGUUAUCUCAGAAUCUUUCGAAUCGUCGAUAAAUUCGACUUGUAUACGUACCACAGUCCAAGACAAAUAAGAGAAUUCUCUUUAGAAUUAAUUUUCAACGAAUUUCAAA